CCCUUCAAACCUACUUCUAUCGCUAGAAAGAUGAUUAAAACGCAGAAGACGCAAGUGAUUAUAGGGAUGCACACAUGGGCAGAAGCAGCUUCAGUGGCUGAAUUAGGACGCAAAACUCGAGUUCCUGUCAUAUCCUUCGCAGAACCUGCCAUUACCCCACCAUUGAUGCCAAUUCACUGGCCUUUUUUGGCAAGAAUGGCCUACAAUGGUACUGCAUAUGCACAAUGUGUUGCAGAUAUGGUGCAUGCUUAUAGUUGGCAGAGAGUAGUAGUCAUCUAUGAAGGUGAUGCCAAUGGUGGAGAUUAUGGGAUGCUAGCACUGCUUUCCGAGACCCUCCAGGAUGUUGGUUCAAUGAUUGAGUACCGCUUAGCUCUUCCAUCACCUUCUAAUCUGCGUAAUCCUGGAGAGUUCAUUCGUGAAGAGCUGUUUAAGUUAGUUGAAAAUACACAAUCCAGGGUUUUCAUUGUUCUGCAAUCAUCAUUAGAAAUGGUGAUCCAUUUGUUCAGAGAAGCUUCACAAAUGGGACUUGUGGAUGCCGAAUCAGCUUGGAUAAUCCCAGAGAGUAUAACAAAUUUACUGGACUCUGUGAACAAGUAUGAUAUUUCCUACAUGGAAGGUGCUUUAGGAAUCAAGACCUACUACUCAGAAAGUAGCAGUGAGUAUCAAGAUUUUGAGGUUAAGUUCCGGAAAUCUUUUCUGGCCAAGUAUCCUGAGGAGGAUAAUCGCAACCCGGGAUUUUAUGCUCUCCAAGCAUAUGAUAGCAUUAAAAUUGUUGCACAAGCAAUAGAUAGAAUGGCCAGUGGCAAUGGUAGUAGCAAAAACACUUUGCUAAGAGAAGUACUGUCAAGCAAUUUCCUUGGCUUAAGUGGAGAAAUUCAAUUUGAAGCAGGACAUCUCUUGAAGAAUCCUACCUUAAGGAUUGUGAAUGUAGAUAGGAAGAGUUACAGAGAAUUAGACUUUUGGACUCUAGAACAUGGGUUCAACAACAGCUUACCUACAAAACAAGGUUCAACUAGUGUUUCUAGGAACACGGAAAGAUUAAGUGGAUUAGUAUUAUGGCCAGGGAAAGUAAUAGGAUUUCCAAAGGGCUGGAAUCUGCCUACUAAAAAAAAUCCAAUGAGAAUAGCGGUUCCUCGAAGAACCUCCUUUUCCAAGUUUGUCAAGGUUGAUCAUGACGAGCUUACAAAUUCAUAUAAAUAUAGUGGAUUCUGCAUUGAAAUUUUUGAGAAGGUGUUAGGCCUUUUGGAUUAUGAUUUACCAUAUGACUUUUAUCCCAUCAAUGGAACCUAUCCCGAACUGGUUCAACUUGUCUAUAACAAGGUAAAGCCUUAUUACUCAAUCUACCGUGUCCCUUAUUUCUUGUAUAUAUUGUUAAAUAUGCUUUUAGUUUCCUCACAUCACACUCCACAAAUAGAAAUGGUCAAUAUUCAGUGUUCUCCAACGUUUUAUAUCCUACCUUCAUGA